AUGAACGCCACGGGACAAGAGGGAUUAUUCCACAACCGGAGUCACAUGUCCCUCAGCAAAGAGGACCCGGAGCGGGAUUCCUCGGCGGGAUGCUACGAUCAGCUGCUGAUCUCCACCGAGGUCUUCCUGACUCUGGGCAUCAUCAGUCUACUGGAGAACAUCCUGGUGGUGGUGGCCAUCGUCAAGAACAAGAACCUCCACUCGCCUAUGUACUUCUUCAUCUGCAGCUUGGCGGUGGCCGACAUGCUGGUAAGCGCCUCCAAUGCGUCGGAGACCAUCGUCAUCGCGCUGAUUAACGGCGGCACCCUCAGCAUCCCGGUGCGGCUCAUCAAGAACAUGGACAAUCUUUUCGACUCCAUGAUCUGCAGUUCGCUCCUGGCGUCCAUCUGCAGCCUGUUGGCCAUCGCUAUCGACCGUUACAUCACCAUCUUCUACGCGCUGCGCUACCACAACAUCGUCACCUUGCGGAGGGCCACGCUGGUCAUCGCCGGCAUCUGGACCUGCUGCAUCGUCUCGGGCGUGCUCUUCAUAGUCUACUCGGAGAGCACCACCGUGCUCAUCUGCCUCAUCAGCAUGUUCUUCACCAUGCUGGUGCUCAUGGCCUCGCUCUACGUGCACAUGUUCCUGCUGGCGCGCCUGCACAUGAAGCGGAUCGCCGCGUUGCCAGGUCAAGCGCCGGUUCAGCAGCGUGCCAACAUGAAGGGCGCCAUCACGCUCACCAUUCUUCUGGGAGUCUUCGUGGUUUGCUGGGCGCCUUUCUUCCUGCACCUCAUCCUCAUGAUCAGCUGCCCCCGAAACCCUUACUGCACCUGCUUCAUGUCGCACUUCAACAUGUACCUCAUCCUCAUCAUGUGCAAUUCCGUCAUCGACCCGAUCAUCUACGCUUUCAGGAGCCAGGAGAUGAGGAAAACCUUUAAGGAGAUCUUCUGCUGCUUGCACGCCUUCAUGUACGUGUGA